UCGUUCCUCCCGGUCAACAGAGCCCAGACUCGCCUCGCUCAGGCUUCGGCGUCUCAAAACCUUCAACCAUCCUGAAACCCUUUUGCAACGGACGCUUCCCCACCCGAGGCUUGUGAUGAGUCUCCGCGCGCUCUCAACCCGAAGAUAUAGUCUCCAGGGUUCUGCCCACUGACACUUCCUUGAACGCAUUUCGAACAUUACAUCCAACUUACCCAGUGUGAGGUUGCCAGCCUUGCCGCCCACCUCCAGCUGCAUUUCAGACGAACGCGACACAGGAUUCGUUCUUCGACGCAAGUUUCCAAUCUCCGUUGAGAGUUCAUCACCAUGUUUUCCCAUCAGUGGACCAGCCGGAAGCGCGCGAGAGAGGAUGAGGAAGAGAACAUUCCUUCAGGCUUCAGCGAGCACCGAACGAAACGACACAUAGCUGCCCUACCUCACCGAACGUCACCCAAACUGGCCCGCAAUGUCUCGCCGACCUUCUCCUUCAACACACACUACACCUCUCAGCCGGCUCCACCGACCAUUACACCGGCAGACUCGGACUCGGAAGACACACCGCUGGCAGCGGAGCCAAGAUCGUUCUUUUCGCCCUACUCCUCCUCUCCCACAACAGACACACUCACCCAAAGCGGUUCGCCGUCACCAUGGCUAGACAGCACCGGGCCGUCCCACGACAGCUCACAAUCAACCCAGAUGUCUGACGCACCUGCCUACUCUGACGACCUCGAAAUGACAGACUCCAUUCACCUCUCACCGGGCUCGUCCCACAAUGACCCAUCAACCAGUCUCACUGGCCGUAUCCCAACACCAAUCCAUUCAUCGUUCGCCCCCUUCAUCCGAGCCGAGAAGGCCUCGAUGCACCACGAUGUCGACUUCGCGGAUGACGAGGCUAUAGUCGAUAGGUUCCGCCGUGGCCGGAGACUGCCAAGUCCUAUCAGUGAAGGCGAAACAAGCCCAAGUGUCAUCGUGGCAGGAUUUGGUGACAUGCAGAUGGAGGUGGAGAACUCAUCCCACCACGACAAGGAGACGCCGACCAAGAAAGGGCAUCAACGAUCGAAGCAUAGUCUUCGAAACUGGACCGGCUUGGAAAUGAGUAGUUCUGCUCAGGGAUUGAAGAGAAGCUUCAGUAUGGGUUACCGUGCAGAUUGUGAGAAGUGCCGGAUGAAGGUCCCAGGUCACUUCAGUCACAUAAUCACAUAUUAGUAUAUAAUAUCUGGGUGGUCGGAUUUGGUACUCUCCCAUUGGGAUCGAGUUGAUAGCGCUUUAGCGUGCAUGGCGUUAGGGGAUACGAUUUUGAGCAUGGGGGUUAGCAGCCCAAAUUCUGCGUUAUUUGCUAAUGAUGAAUACGAAAUGUAUCAUCUUCUAUGGCAAUUGUUUAUUUUCUGGAGCAUUCUUGACUCAUUUUGCCUGAUCAUAGUCAAAGCUGCGCGCAUGUUCUAGGCAAAGAUAUCAGCCCUGCCACUGGUUGGAGCCCCACGGUAACAUGACGGAUGGAAAAAAAAACGUCCAUUUUGAUUUGUUGCGCAAGCCAGCAUUUUUGCUGCGAACCCCACCAAAACUUUCUCCCCCUACUUACGUUAAUUAAUCUGAUUAACU